AUGCAGCACCAUCAACGUCCACCGGAGCUGCCUCAACCGCCUAUGAGCUCACGCGAGUCAACUGUCCCAGACUUUGAUCGCAAUCCUCUCGUGGACAAUGGAGAAACCUUUGCGAUCGACCCGAAUGGGAAGUACUGGUACAUGGGACCGACUUCCUCGUGGGCCUUUUGCAGACGCGUCGUUGCAAUGAUCGGAAGCCGAGUUCCUGAACCCGAACCUCCAGUAGACCCGUGGGAUCUACAAACGCGCCAGUUGACGUGGGUUCCCCUCGGACUCCACCAGCAGCCGAGCGUCGAGAACCUACCGUCUCGAGACUACGCCUUGUUUCUUUUGAUGACUGUCAAGUUUCAUCUCGGGCCGCUAUCUCAGAUCAUUCACGAUGACUCGUUUCGGCAACACCUGGAGAGGUUCUACCGGAAUCCCGCCGCGGAGGCCAGCCAGUCAAGGUACUGGUAUGCCCAGCUGCUGAUCAUCUUGGCUUAUGGGGAGGCUUUCUCCGCCAACGGAACGAUGAAGACUAUCCCGGGGCUGGAUUAUGCUUCUCGUGCCCUGGCCCUGACCUCAAGCCUGAUCCCAAUGGGCGGUGACACACUUGCAGCAGCCGAGGCUCUUUGCCUAAUAGCGUUAUAUCUCCAGGCUCUCGAUCUGCGUUUGAUGGCUUUUCAGAUGAUCGGGCAGGCUCUCCGAAUAUGCCUCAUUGAGGGAUGGCACCGGCAAAUGCCAGCCGACCAGGUGGAUGUACGACAUUCACAGCGGUGCAACACAGUGUUUUGGACCGCAUAUAUCAUUGACAGAGAAUUCGGUACCCUAGUCGGAGCUCCUAGUAGCAUUCGAGAUGAAGACAUCACUACGAAGCUGCCGUCGGCACUCACCUCAUCGGUGGGCGCGGACGCACUAGCGCUACAGAUCAGACUUGCGCGUCUUACGGCAACCAUUCUCACCGGCGUCUAUGGUGUGGACAGGAGUUCCAGUGGAAGCUUGCUCCGAGACACUCAGUCUGCACUGCACGACAUUGCCGACAUAUCAAGAGAUAUGAGCGUGUUCUUGGGAAGUAACCUUGAGGGUAUCAACAUCAAGACUUCGAAGACCGCCACCCGCCUUAUUCUGUCGUAUCAUCAUUGCGUGGUCUUGACAACACGACCGCUGGUCAUGUGCCUGCUACAGAGGCGCCUGGCACGGGGUGGGCAAGACAAGCCGGUGCCGAGCGACCCGAUCAGUUCCUUACUCCAGUCCUGUUCUUCGUCUGCUCUGAAUAUACUGAAGAUGUUAAAGUCACUGUGCGAUAGCAACUUGAUUGACUGCUUCCUUCCUUUCCAACUCGAAACAGUCUUUUCCUCAACUUUUCUGCUUUAUGUCAUCGGAAUGGUAGCACCCGAUUUUGUCACGGAUCGAAGUUGGCUUAGCAUGGCCCACGAUAUGUUUGACACGAUGAUCGCGAGAGGAAGCCCGGCGGCGCCGCUAAGAAAGCGAGAGUUUCAGCGGCUCGAGCAGGUGAUGGAGGCAUAUCUAGCCGAACAGCCGGUAGAGACGGAGAGAGAAGUUCCAAGGCAGCUAUACAACUCAGCCCAAGAUCAAGAGAGUAUAAUGGGGGUUGGCAAUAGCGUUGGCAGCAUGGGAGAUGCCAGCUACAUGAGUCAGAUUCCUUGGACUGUUCAGGACGGAAUCGAAGGAUUUAUCAUGUCACCCACUGAUAUUCUGAACAUGGCAGAUGAGUUGCAGAUAGACGACUUUAUCGUACAUCAAUAG